AUGCAGAGUAAGCAAUCGAAGCUGCAGAGAAGGAGAGUAGAGAAGCUUGCAGAUAAUGCAAAGGAGAGGGUGGCACAGCUUUCGAAAGAGAUAGGCGGAGGAAUGGGGCUUUCAGCUCGCAGUUCUCUUGACUGGCUUCUUGCCUGGAAUCGACGUUAUAGAGUAGGACUAGAAGAGACAUGGAGAACUUCCUUUCCGGUAACUCGCUCGCGCCUUUCCUACCAAAAAGCUAACCCAACCGAAGUAGCAAGCUUAAACCAAGGGCUGUCAAGAAUAGCCUCCCUUUCUUCCCCUGUUCCGGAGAUAGAUAUAGCCCUCUCGAAACCUAGCUGUAUAAUAUGCAACUUCAUCCCCGCUCCAAGCCAAGGGUCCGAAGGAGAAGGGUACUGGUCCUGCUCGCUUUGGUUCUGCUUCUGUGGUGAAAAAGGAAAGACGUUUGCAUCUCUAAUCUCCCCCUAUUCGUCAUCUUCUCGCUAUGAUAGAACUUAUGGGUAUUCUAGAUCAGUCUAUUUCAGUACAAUAGUUCUUCUUCUGAAAUUGGAAGACUUCAGUGAGAGAGUGAAAGACAAGAAUCAAUAUGAAGAAGGUUAA